GCGACAGACGGAGGAGCAGGUGAGUGUGGCGUGGGGCCGGGCCGUGGCCUCUGAGGGAAGGAAGGGAGGGAACAGCUGGGCUUGGACCAGACGCAGGUGUGCGUGGGGGUCACCGGUGCGUGCCUGGCGUGUGUCAUCAGCCACAAGCUGGACGGGUUUGGUGCUCAGGGGCUUCCAGGUGUGGCCCGGACAGAACCGGGACGUCCGUGCCCAGGAGCCGACUGGAGCAAAUGGCCCCACAAUGAGGGAGGCCUCGUGGCUGGUUGGGGGGGGGGGCUGCCUUGGAGCCCUGGGCGCGGGAGAUGCCUCGCAGGCCCCGCCCAGCCGGGCCCCCUCCCCACCCUGCUCUGCCAGUAGGACUGUGACCUUACUGAAUGACCACACUCCUGUUCUUGACCCUUCCCUUUCCAAAAGAGGGAAGGGCCAAGAAAUCAGGCUCAGUAUCUGGUUUUCCCUGGUCCUUGUCCUCCCGGACCUCCCAUCAAGGGGGCAGGCUGGGGCAGGCCGACCACGGAUGGACGGCGCACCUGGAGCCCUCCCCGCGCCCUGGCUGCCGGCUCCCCUUGGGGGCUGGGCCCCGCCUGCCCCCACCCCGAGGCCCCGGUGGCGCUCCCUCUUUCCGGCGCCUGCCCACCCUGUCCUGUGUCUUGGAGGCCAGCGCAGCUCCCCUGGGUGGUCGGACGUCUGGGGAAGGGAGUGUGUGGUGGGCCCCCAGGGGUCAGCCUUCAGGGAGGGGAUGGGAGGCCACACCCACCGGGGCUCCAGGGGUGACUCUGGAGAGCUCAGCCCCAGCGGCCCCGGGGGUCGGGCAGCGCUGAUGUGCCCAGGGGUCUCCGACCCCCCUCCCGCUCACUCCCACCUAGGUUCCACUCACGCCAGAGCCCCGGUUGCUAAACUGGACCCCAGGGAGGCCCUGUCUGACCCGCUACUCGUCCCCCCCCCUGGGAGGGCGGGGGCUCAGGUCCAGCCACGCGACCGUGUGGUGGGCACGCUUUCCAGGGCAGGUGGGCGGGAGCAGUACCCAGACUGACUUGGCCUCAGUGGGCAGGAGGACAGGUGGAGCCCAGGGCAGAGGCCCAUCCGGGCUGCGGGUGCGGCCGGCCUGGCUUAGCCGCCUCGGCACCAGGAAGUGGGCUGGCUUCUCGGCCGGGUGGAGGUGGCCUGUCAGGGCGGGCCCCACCCGCCGUUCCUAGCCACAGGUGGUGCCGCCACCAGCCCGGUGACAGGUGUUGAGGCCAGGAAGCCGGUCCUGCCGCUGCACCCGCCAUGGUGUCCCGGGACCAGCCUCACCCGGGCCCCCGGUACGUGGGCCUGUGGGACUUCGAGGCCCGGACGGACAAAGAGCUGAGCUUCCGGGCUGGGGACCUGCUCCACGUGGCCAGGAAGGGGGAGGAGUGGUGCUGGGCUGUGCGGCUGGACGAGGCGGGCAGGGCCCUGGCUGAGGGCUACGUGCCCCACAGCUACCUGGCCGAGGAGGAGACGGUGGAGUCUGAACCGUGGUUUUUUGGCCGCAUCUCCCGCUCCGAAGCGCUGCACAGGCUGCAGGCAGAGGGCAACACAGCCGGGGCCUUCCUGGUCAGGGUCAGCGAAAAGCCGGGUGCCGACUAUGUUCUCUCAGUGCGUGACGGCCAGGUCGUGCGACACUACAGGAUCUGGAGGCGUGCUGGCCGGCUGCACCUCAGCGAGGCCGUGUCCUUCCCCAGCCUGUCCGAGCUCGUGGACCACCACAAAGCCCAGAGCCUGUCCCACGGCCUGCGGCUCACUGUGCCCUGCUGGAAGCAUGAGCCCAAGCCCCUGCCCCACUGCGACGACUGGGAGAUGCCACGGGAGGAGUUCACACUGUGCAGGAAGCUGGGGUCCGGCUGCUUCGGGGAGGUCUUUGAAGGGCUCUGGAAAGACCAGGUCCGAGUGGCUAUUAAGGUGAUUGCUCGAGAUGACCUCCCGCACCAGCACACCUUCCAGGCGGAGAUUCAGGCCAUGAAGAAGCUUCGGCACAAACACAUUCUGCCGCUGUAUGCCGUGGUGUCCGUGGGGGACCCCGUGUACAUCAUCACAGAGCUCAUGCCAAGGGGAGCCCUGCUGGAGCUGCUGCGGGGCUCUGACGAGAAAACCCUGCCCGUCUCGGAGCUGGUGGACCUCGCAUCACAGGUGGCCGAGGGCAUGUGCUACCUGGAAUCGCAGAAUUACAUCCACCGGGACCUGGCGGCCAGAAACAUCCUUGUGGGGGAAAACAACAUCUGCAAAGUCGGGGACUUUGGGCUAGCCAGGCUCAUCAAGGUAGGGCCCGGGGAGCACGCAGGACUCCCUCUGCCCAUGGAGCUGGGGCUCAAGGGAGGCCGGCUGAGCAGCCACGGGGCGGGACGCCGGAGUAGCGGCAGCUCCCAGGAGGACAUCUACCUUUCCCACGGCCGCAACAUCCCCUACAAGUGGACCGCCCCGGAGGCCCUGUCAAGAGGGCUUUACUCCAUCAAGUCGGACGUCUGGUCCUUCGGGAUUCUCCUCCACGAGAUUUUCAGCAGGGGUCAGAUGCCCUAUGCAGGGACCCGGAGCGGAGACCCUGCUUCCAAGCCCUGCGGGAGAAGCUCUCCAGUGUCAGCAGGUACGAGAACCCGCUCUGAAAGGGACACCCCUCUGGUGCUGCCUCUGAGGCCACGAGGCCCUGUGAAGGGGGGCCCGGGUGCCGCCCUGGACCUCAGAUCAAGGGUACGGGCAGACGAAGGUGUGGACGAGUUCGCAGGACCGGGCUGAACGCUUGGGGGACGGAGAUCCUCCAGCCAGGGGCCCACCCUGCCCCGGGGCUGGGGGAAGCAGUCCCCUUGAAGUCGGGGGGCUGAGGCUGCCCAUUCCUCCUGUCUGCUCCUCAAAGACACCAGCUCCUGGAAAGUGCCGGGACUCUCCACAGCCAGCUCUAACCCUCCAGGAGCCUGGCCACUCUUCUUUCCAAAGGGAGUGGACCUGUCCCUGGUCCUGACUCAAAGCCCAUCAGCUGUCAGGACCAGGGCGCAGCUCCCCCAGGUGGGACAUGAGGAGGGGCCUGGAUUUUGGGCGGGCUCACCCUGGGUCACCUGGCCUGUGGGCAGCUCCUGAUAUGGGGCGACAUGGCCUUCUCAGUACUCUGUGAAAACGGGCUAUUUGCUGGUGGGGCACUGCGGUCUGCUACCCAGGGCCGUGGCCAUCAGCAGCCGCCACCAGGAGUCCUGAGGGCCUCAUCUGGACGCUGUAGCCAGGAGACUGGGCACCUGCCCCCACCCUGGGUCCGUGUGAGGUGGGAAUGAAGGCCUCCCCUACAGGCCUCAGCACGGACUACUGGCUUUGGGAGCACAGGGGGCCUGGGUAAGACUGCACCGACCCUGCAGCCUGCCUUGACACGAUGAGGGCAGACACGACAGCGGCCCUUGAGGGCCAUCAGCUACACGGGAUGCCCUGGAUUGGACUGAACCGUUUCUAGCACAGAGUGGGGGCAGAGUGGCCAAAGAGGAGGCUGGGCUCCCUCAGUGGCCCGUGGGGCCCCUAACUUCAUACCAAGCCCCCAUUCACGCCCUCCCUAAGCUGCCCCCUCCUGCCCAACAGACCCGGGCCAAUCUCUGCUGGCCACUGAAGGUGUGUGGACACACAGUCCACCAAUCACGCCCGCCCAUGGAGGCUGGCGGAGGACGACACAGCCACACCCUCCCAAGGCUGGAGUUCGUCUAGAGCCGGGUCACCAGCGGUGGGAAGGUCCCUUGGGAACGCCCCCGUACCACUUACGACUCAGUCUUAAUUUUGGGUCCCUGCCCCCAGAGUUGGGGGACCCUACCCAGAGCGCGUCCUGCAACAGGCUAGAAGAGACAACACCCUCACAGGAAGGCUCCGGGAGAUAGUCCGGCCCCGUGAGCCGCACACCAGUUGGGACAGCUCUGGUACCGGCCCCUCACUGCCCUCCAGGGUGUCAAGGGCAGGGGCCCUUGCCAAGGUCCUUCCAGGGGCACCAGGUCCCUCCAGCUGACGGCCCCUAAACCCACAAGCAGAGGCCCAGGACUCCAGUGGCUGCCCCGGAGCUUCUUGUCCAACCUCUGAACUGCCUGCUCUUCCAGGCCCCCCACCCCUUCUCAGGUGCCAAGGCUCCACACUCGCUGUGGUGGCUUGCCGCUGUGAACCUGGGCCAGACCCAAGAGGUGGCUCCCCAAUGAGGGAACCCAGGAAGGCCCAGGGAACAGGGCCAACUCUCCAUCUCUGCCAGGAAGUGAGGUUGAGAAACAUCAGCUUCUCCCACGGGCCCCAGGGGCACAUGGUCACACACACCAUCAGGGCUACUGGCUGCUCGGUUUAUUUUCCACUUGGUGCAAGGCACACGGUUACAGGGUGUAGGGAAGGCUUGCGUGUGGCUUGGAUAGUAAAGAGUGGGGUUCUCUCGACUUCCUUUUUGGUGUUUUGUUAUUUUGAUAUAAAAGAACCCAAGUGCUUCUGCCGCA